CGCUGAAUGGAAGUUUUAUUUCCUCACUUUUCUUAAUAGGAAAAUUUUGAGAAAGAGGUGCGGCCAAGAUGUUAGGAGGCAUAGCUGACGGUACCGGGAAGGUCCUGACUAUCGACGAUUUGGUUGAAGCCUUGGACAGGCGUGAAAGGUCGCAGAGCAAUGUUCCCAAAUUCGAUACCUUCCAUUUCGAUGGGGAGCGGGUCUCUGAUUGGCUUGACUUGGUGGAACAGGCACUAGUGGGACUAUCUGACGCUGUGAAGUUUCAGCGGAUUUCGAAGUAUAUGCUCCACGGUCACCACCAAGAGGUGGAGAAGGUUGUGAACGCAGCUAAUGGCAGUUGGGCAAGAUUUAAAAAUGGAGUGCAGAGGAAGUAUAGGUUGGGCGAUGACCUGUUAACCAUCGCGGACCUCGGCGAAGCUGACAAGCCAUGGAGGGGGCAGUGUGAAGCUCACCUAGGCCACUAUUGCCAAAGGAGUAGAGGAAGGAAGUCUGGACCAGGUGGAGCAGAAUCAGAUGCGUCUGCAAAGGCGAAAGAGGAAAGAACGGGAUGCGACCGCUUGAGGGACCCCAGGGUGAAGAGGAUUGUCACCGACAUACUUGCGGAACUGGGUUAUGGGAAAGAUGCGGUGAUACAAAAGAAAGUGGUGACGACGAUCCAGGGAAAAGGGAAGGAUCCAAUGAUAGAGGAAGCCGUCCAGGAGGACUGGGAAGAAGAGGAGCCGGUGCCCCGGUACCUUUCAAAAGCGCCACGCAAACAGCGCAACUUAACGCACGGGGGGCAAGGCUCAGGAAAGGGGCAGGGGCCACAAGCAGUGGUAGUAGCAUCGCCAAGUGCGCCGGCUCCGUCAAGUAGCACGGGACCCUCACAAGCGGCAAUACCACUAUUUGGGCAAUGGCCAUGGCCUGUGUUUAACACCUUUGUGCCAUGGGGAAGCCCGACUCCAUUUGGGCAGAUGGUACCAUAUGCUGGGCCCCAAGCGAGGAUGCCACCACCAAGCUAUCCCGCAGCACAAGCCCAGCCCAUGGCACCGGCUCCGUCACCUGCGCCGAGUUCACAAGGUAGUGUGGCUGGUGGAGGUAAUCAAGGCCAGGGUAAUCAAGGGAAUGGGGGAAGAGGCAGCGGAAGAGGCCGAGGCAGGAAUGGUGGUGGCCGAGGAGGACAAUGGGAUAACCAAGGCUACCAAGGCCAAGGAAAUCAAGGGAGCCAAGGAAGUGGGAGGUCCCGUUUUGAUUGGAGAACCGCUAUAUGCCAACAUUGUGACAAACAAGGCCAUACUAUACAGUUCUGCAAUACUAGGCGGGAAGAUGAAAGGGCCGGACUGAUCUGUUCCAAUAUGGGCGGUGAUAUAUACGAUCAGUUCGGAGAGUAUAUUGACCGGAAGGUUCCAGAUGGAGUUAGGGCGGCGGCUCAGACAAGGAUAGCUACGCAACAAGCACCACCUGCCAUAUUCAGGUUGUGGCAGGAAAAGGAUGACCCACCAAUUAGGGUGGAAGAAGUGGAAAGUGAUGAAGAGGUGACUCAGAGGCUACGGGCAGGAGUUAUAAAGGAAGAGCCCAUAGUCGUUGAGUCGGAGGAAGAAAAUGAGAAUGAGAAGGUGGAGCCAGCAUCAAUCCUUCUAGGGAAGAUGGAGGAUCUGUGGGGAAAGAUGGGGAGGUACCAGCAGAAGUUGGUAGACAUUUGUGAAGAAGUAAGGAAGAAUGGCACAGAAUCUGAGGACGAGUGUCGAAGACUCCUUAUGGAGCCAGAGGAGGAAGAAAGGGGUGAGGCGCUCUCCCUCAGUUUAUCGGACGUAAACAAGGCCAUGGAUGUAGUGGCCACACACGAGAUGGCGGAUCCAAACGCCAUUCACGCGUUAAGGGAGGAAGUCCUGGAGUGUCCCCAGGCUGGGGAACUGGAGCUGGUCUAUCGGCUUCCGGGCGGAAGGAGGGACCUUGCGAUGAUGAAGGCACAAGUUGUAAGCCGGCCUUGUUUAGGGGACGGCUCUAGCAGGGUUCCCAUAGAUAAGAAGUGUCGCCCAGUUCUCGUCCACAUCACGGAAGAUGAGGAGGUUUAUUACGAACGGGAACGAGGAUUGAUACAACGCAUGAGGGAGCAGGCAACGACGGGGUCGUGCCGUAUCAAUGGAGAGAACGAGGAACAGUCGAUAGUGGGAGAGUCGGAGUUCCUGCUACCCCGGGACAGGGCGCUGAUGAUAGAGUUUAUGAAGAAAAGGCAUCGCGCCUAUGCGUUCGAUUACGAUCAGGGAGGACGGUUGGACGUAGAUAAGAUCCCCAUUAUCCGGAUUCAUAUCGUGCCACAUGAGCCAUGGAAUUUGAGAGGGGCACAAUAUCCCAAUCCUGACGAGGAAAAGAAGGUAGUGGAUUACCUCGAUGGCAAGAUACAUGUUAGAAGCUUCCUCGAUACGUGUGGAUUCUGGAGGACCUUCGUCAAUAACUUUGCCGCCAAGACUGAACACUUGAGAAAGUUGGUCCGUCAGGACCAGGAAUGGAUUUGGGGUGAGGAGCAGGAGAAAGUUGUGGCUAGGAUGAAAGAGGAGUUUCGAGGAGGGUUAGUACUAGGAGCACCGGACUAUGAUUUGACGGAGGGACCAGCAGAAGGAGAAGGUAGUAGAGGCUGCACCCCCGGUGGAUUGGUUCCUGGAUCAAGAGGAGACGUCCGUCUCCACAUACAUGAAUGGUCUUUGCGAGUGCCGAAUUGCAUUGGCCAUCCCAUCGGGAUUGCACCCAGGGGGUAUGAACAAAAGGCAGAGCUGGUGCUCAAGUCUUUUGAAGAAGAAGACCCAUGGGGCGACAAAAAUGACCAACGGAUGAUGAAGUUGGCACUAGCCGGCACGCAUAGUCUGGUAGAAAAGGUGAGAACGAUAGAGGAAGGGUCAGAUCAGGUAGAGAAGCACGAGGAAUUGAUGGGAGGGAUGUACCUCCUUGUCAAUACACUUCUACAGGGAAACUUUGAUCAGAUAAGCUCGCUGAAUCCAACUGAGAAUGAAGAUGUGGUGCCAGAAAGCCAGAAUGACGAGUUUGAAGAAGGGGAGAUCAAAGAGGUUUUUUGUGCAGAAGAGUAUGAGGGAAUCUACCUGGAGCUAGGGCUUCUCCUAUCGUGUGAGAUGCGGGAUAGGGAUGCAAGCGAAAGGGCUAAGAAGAUGAGGCAUCUCUAUUUGGUAAGGGAUGGUCAUCUUUUUGUAAAAAGGCAAAUGGGAAACCCCAGGAGAGUUGUGUGUGGCAGAAAUCGUCAGAUUGAUAUUAUAGUUGCGCUUCAUGAUGGCAUUGCAAGAGGACACCGGUGAGUUAGUGCCACGUAUGCUAAGAUAAGCAAGCUAUACUAUUGGGAUGGAAUGAUAGAGAUGGUCAACAAAUUCUGUCGUUCCUG